UUUAAGUCAAAUAUAAAAUUUGAAGUUAAAAAAAAAACAUAAAAACAUGAAAAAUUUCAUAGCUCUAAGUAUUUUAAUACUUUCACUCUUGAUAAUUCCCUCAAAAGCUGAUCUUUUCGAAUGUGAUGAAAAAGUUCUACCCUCACUAAGUGAGAUACCCGGCAUUGGACCCAAAAUUGCUAGUGCAGAAGAUUCGGGUGAAAAAAUUGGCGAUUUCUUUAGGAAACUUGGCUGUGAAGUGAAAAAGGGCGCCAAGAAAUUUGGUGAAAAUUUCAAGCAAAACGCCGAAAAACUAAAUGAAAAUGUUAAGGAGGGUGUCAAAAAAUUCGCCACAAAAGCCAAGGAAGUUGGUUCUGAUAUCAAAGUAAAAUUUCAUGAUCUGAAGGAUCGUCUGCACAAAGACUCUGAUGAAGUGGUUGUCACCGAUAAGAAAUUCUUUUUGGAAAAUGUUGAGUUAAUAAAUCCCGAUAUAUUGAAAGCUGAUCAGGAAUGUGGUCAUGGUCAUAUAUUGGAUUCAUUGGGCAAUUGCAGAAAAUUACGGAAGUAGGAGAAACAUUGAUCUUGUAAGAAUGAGAAGUGCAGUUUUAUAAGCUGAAAAAAACCUAAAAGUAAACCAAAGUUUCUAAUUUACAUUAGUUGCUAAGAGAAAUGUGUGUGUUUUUAUAUAGAUAUAUAAUAUGUAGUUGAAAAAUAAAAUAUUUAGAGUAGAAUAUACAUAUGUAUGUAAAAUUUUAAGAAAUAUAUUCUGAAUGUGUCUAAA